AUAACAUAUAGUCUCACUACUACUGUCUCACUAUACAAUUUAUUAUUAACUUGGAGAGAAAGUGAAAGUGUGCAUUUUAUAUAGCACAAGAACUAGCACUUUGCUUUCUACACUUGUUCCUAUUUAAUUUUUUUUUUUCUCUCAAAAGAGAAAAAAUGAUUAUUAAGUCCCUUCCUUCUAAAGCAUUGAUCAUAAAAAUCAACUUGGUUUUCUUGGCAUGCUUCUUGAUUGCUUAUGCAGCCAUUCUUCUCAAGCCAUCAACUUAUGUUUAUCAUGAAUAUGCAUCAUCUCUUGUUAGAUGUUCAUUGAGAGAAUGUCAUCAUAAGGGAGAAGGGGGGAUAAAGAUGAAGGCAGUGUUAGAAGAAAAGAUGGUAAUGAAUGAAGCAAAAACAGACAAGAAGAUGGUGAUAAAGCGCGAAAAACCGAGUUUUUUAAACAAAAUGGGGAGAGGAAUGAAGAUAGGAAUGGUAAAUAUGAAAAAUGAAGAUGUUACUGAAUGGAAAGCGCAUGGACAAGUAAUAAAAAUAAAAUUCGAGAACGUCUCGAAUUUAUUAGAAUGGAAAGACUUAUUUCCAGAAUGGAUAGAUGAAGAGGAAGAAAUGGAUGGGACAUAUUGUCCAGAAAUACCAAUGCCAAAUUUCAAUAGUUAUAGCAAUAACAUGGACAUGUUAGUUGUGAAAUUGCCCUGUAAAUAUCCACAAGAAGGAUGGGGAAGAGAUGUUUAUAGGUUACAAGUGAAUCUUGUGGCAGCAAAUUUGGCUGUGAAAAAUGGAAUUAAAAGGAAUAUGAAAUUGAUAUUUUUGAGUAAGUGUAGACCUAUGGUUGAUGUGUUUAGAUGUGAGGAGUUGAAGAAAAAAGAGGGGGAUUGGUGGUAUUAUAAGCCUGAUAUGGAUAAAUUGGCUCAAAAAGUUUCAUUGCCUAUUGGUUCUUGUAAUUUGGCUCUCCCUCUAUGGGGAAAAGAAAUCAACGAGGUCUAUGACAUAUCCAACAUUGAAAGCAGCACAAAAAUAGCAAGAAGAGAAGCCUAUGCAACAGUUCUUCAUUCAUCUGAAACAUAUGUAUGUGGUGCAAUCACACUAGCUCAGAGCCUUCUUGGAACUGGAACCAAACGGGACCUUAUUCUUCUUCUGGAUAACAGUAUAUCUGAGGCCAAACGCGAGGCGCUUAUGAAAGCUGGGUGGACACUACGGUUCAUAAAGAGGAUAAGAAACCCUAAAGCUGAGAAAAAUACGUAUAAUGAAUAUAAUUAUAGCAAGUUCAGGUUAUGGCAGCUCACUGAUUAUGAGAAAAUCAUAUUUAUUGAUGCGGAUAUUAUCGUUCUUCGUAACAUGGACCUCCUUUUUCAUUUUCCACAAAUGACAGCUACUGGUAACGACGCGUCAAUCUUCAAUUCAGGAAUAAUGGUGAUCGAGCCAUCAAAUUGCACCUUCAAAAUGUUCAUGCAACGUACAAAAGAGAUUGUUUCAUAUAAUGGAGGUGACCAAGGUUUCCUUAAUGAAGUAUUUGUGUGGUGGCAUAGGUUACCUCGAAGGGUUAAUUUUUUGAAGAAUUUUUGGUCAAAUAAUUCGAACGAGGUCAGCAUUAAGAACCAACUAUUCGGGGCAGAUCCUCCAAAAGUAUACGCCAUACAUUAUCUCGGGUUAAAGCCAUGGGUAUGUUACAGGGACUACGAUUGUAACUGGGACAUAGGUGAUCAACGUGUUUAUGCUAGCGAUGUCGCGCAUAAGACAUGGUGGAAAUUACAUGACUCCAUGGAUGAGAAUUUACAGAAAUUUUGUGGGUUAACAGAGAGGAGGAAAAUUGAAUUACAAUGGGAUAGAAAAAUGGCUGGAAAAAUUGGAUUUAAAGAUGAACAUUGGAAGAUUAAUGUUACUGAUCCUAGAAGAUUUACUUAAUUUUUUUUUCUUUUUUUUUUUGGAUAUGUUUUUUCUCAUGAUUUAAUUUUUCUUUUUUUGGUCCUUUUAAUUAGGAGUUUAAUUUGUCAUGUAUUACAGUAGUACUUUUGCACAGAGAAAUGAUGAGCAUAGCCUUCACUAUUUAUUGAUGUGAAUAUAUAAAGAUGCUUGUGCUUCAUUUUUA